UGCUUUUUCUUCUCAGAGCUUAUCAAAAAAAAAAAAAAAAAGUCAGAAAUACGCAAGCCAAAAUGUUAUAAAACAUUAAUAGCAAAAAAGUUAAAUAACCAAACAAGUAAUGCCUUGAGUAUACCUGAAUAUCUAUUUCUCGCGGACUAUGGGGAUUGGAAAAUUGAAAACAUUUUGGAUGACUAUUUCCUAUUUGUGGAUGUUCCAUUCGCAACUGGACAUUCUCUUUAUGACGAAGCCAUUCAAAGUCUAAAACUUUAUAGUGAAUCAAGGGAUCAUGGCACCAAAUUAGAGAAGACAUUUACCAAAAAAUUCCUUACUUAUUUAAAUAUGCCGCAUAGCAAGAAAUCGUUUUUGCAAUUGUAUCAGAAGCGUGAAAGAGUUAAUAGGCUUAAGGAAUCUGUAAUUGAAAUUAAUGAAGAAAUUGAAAUUACAAGUAAUGAGCUUGUAAGUGAAGAUUUACGAUCCAAAGGUCAAAAGCGAAAGUAUAAAGGUUUAGAUGAUAACGAAAAACGAAUACCAAAAUAUUUUAGUAAUAUUACGGCUCUAAUGUCUUUCACUUGGUGUGAAAAAAAGGACAAAGAGUCAGCUACAAGUAUUUUUUUCGUUACUCAAGAAAAAAGCUCGACAACUCUCUUAGAUGGGAUUGGUAUCAAUAACAAAAAAUUUCCUUGUAUGGUCCUUGAGUCUUCAGGAUUAAAAGUAACCACUGAUAUAAAUCAUUUACUUAAAGAUUCCGUUAAGAAUAUUAAAACUGCUACAGAUGCUUUGAAGAAUAUUAUAUGCAGAUUUCCUAAUGCAAGUAUGAACACAGUCAAAGUAGCCAAUGUGUAUUCUAUUCAAAUAAUCCAAACAAAGAUGACACUUAUCAAAUACUCGCUAAAAGAUAAGGACACAUUUAAAGCAAUAGAGUGUAGUUCCGCUUUAAUACCAUGCUCGUUUGAAGAAAGAAUUCACCUGAUGUCAGUAUUUGACAUAUUCGCGUAUUUAUAUAACGAUCUUAGCAAUCAACUUAGAAUAUUCGAGAAGUUGGAAGCAGAACAGUUGGGAUUGACUGAGGUUGCUGAUGAAGAAAUGAUCUGUUUCACUAAUGAUUUUCUAAAAUAUUAGUUCUUUAUACCCUAUUUUCAUUAAAAAACUGUAAUUUGUUCCCUGCUUUUUACUAUUUGUCCCGAAAACAAAAAGCUAAACCAAUAUUCUCUAAGCUUAAUAUGCCAAAAAGAUAAAUGUAUUUUCAAUGAGUAAUGAUACGUGUUUAAUAAUAACAAUAAAAAAGUCAUUGGAUAAAAAGAAAAAAAAAUUAAAAGGACGACUCGUAGUAUCGUACCCCUCUUCUUUAUCUAAAGAUUUUCUAAAUGUGG